AUGUUACAUUUUGGAACUGAUAGCCCAAAAAUUGUAUCUCCAUCGCUCAGUAAAGGACAUAUCCAAAUUAUAUUUGGGCCAAUGUUUUCUGGGAAAACGACAGAAUUGAUACGACGCCUUCAAAGAUAUCAGAUUGCAAAUCAUGUGUGCUUGAUUGUGAAAUAUGCCCAUGAUUCAAGAUAUAGCUCUACUGGGAUUGCUACGCAUGACAAAAAGACUUUAGAUGCUGUGUCUGCUACCACCUUAUCUACACUCAUAGCUGAUGCCCAAAAGUACAGUGUCGUUGGCAUCGAUGAAGGUCAAUUUUUUCCUGAUACAGUCUCUUUUGCAGAAGAGAUGGCCAACCGAGGGAAAAUUGUCAUUGUUGCAGCUUUAGAUGGAACCUAUCAGAGAGAAGGAUUUGGUGAUAUUUUAAACUUAGUUCCACUAGCCGAAAGUGUGAUUAAGUUGACUUCUGUCUGUAUGGUGUGUUUUGAAAAUGCUUCUUACACAAAAAGAAUUGGAUCUGAAACACAGCUCGAGAUCAUAGGUGGUACUGAAAAAUACAUGGCAGUGUGCAGAAGUUGCUACAAGUUUAGUUCCCUGGAGGUGUCAAAAAAUAAAACACUAGAUUCCAAUGUUCUUUCUGACAUAUCAAACAUCUCGAAAAAUCAAGUGAUUGACUGCUGAAUACUUUUGUGCUCUGAUUUUCUAGAGUUUUAUAAAUUUUAUACACAUAUUUUUUUCUCCAUACACAGUUGUAUGUUUGAAUGUAUGGUAAAGUGAAUUUAUUAUGUCUUUCUAGUUCAUUAUCUUCGUUUGUCCAUUAGAGUUUUAGUACUUUUGAACAC